AUGAAGAACACUUCUGCUCAGUGUAUGGUGGUGGCAACUCUCAUCGCCACCAUCGUGUUUGCCGCUGCUUUUACCCUCCCCGGCGGUUACAACCAAAACAGCGGCAUUCCUUUUUUCCGCCACAAACCAACACUCAUUAUCUUUGUGAUCGCAGAUGCAUUUUCUUUAAUAUUCUCUUCCACCUCAGUGCUCAUAUUCUUAUCCAUUCUCACGUCUCGUUAUGCUGAACGUGAUUUCUUGGAAUCGUUACCCAAAAAGCUAAUGUCUGGUCUUGCAACGCUUUUUCUUUCAAUUGUGACCAUGAUGAUUGCUUUUGGUGCGAGUUUUUUUGUGCUUUAUAACAAGCAUUUGAAAUGGGUGCCUAUCAUUGUGGCGGGGUUGGCUUCUAUUCCGGUGAUUUUAUUUGCGAUAUUGCAGUUUAGGCUUCUAGGGGAUGUGUAUCAUUCCACGUAUCAGUCUAGGUAUCUAUUUAAGCCCAAGACACAUAUGCUUUACUAUUGA